CAUCACAGAUAUAAUUCAAAAGCUGGAGUUAUGAUGUCGCAGAACUUGUUUACUUGCGUUCUUGUAUUUAAAGCAUUCGACGUUCGUUCUACUUUCGUCAAUGAAAAAAGACUUGAUUAGCCGAUGAAUCGUCAUAAUAAGGGUUAAAACAACCACCAAUUGUACAACUUUCAGUUAGUAUUUGUAACCAUGACUACAUACUGGUGAAGCAUGGCCGCUCGAUUAACAGUUUGUAAAGGAGCAUUGCGUAGAAAGGUAAUCACGUACGUGGUAUGUUGGUGAACCAGAUGGAUUUCGUCAGAUUAAUAUGAUGCGUCCAGAGAUGCAUUUGAGACGAACGAUCAGUCCGCAAGCUGAAGAAAUGUUCUAAAUCUUCGACAAUACGAACGUCGAUGAAAAUGAAUCGAUAUAUAACAUUAAACCAAUUGGGGGAUGGAACGUUCGGUUCCGUGGUUCUUGGAGAACGUAUCGAUACCGGGGAGAAGGUCGCUAUAAAAAGAAUGAAGAGAAAGUACUAUUCCUGGGAGGAGGCGAUGAACCUACGCGAAGUUAAAUCUUUGAAGAAACUUAGUCACGCGAACGUGGUGAAAUUAAAAGAAGUAAUUCGCGAAAACGACGUGUUGUACUUCGUCUUUGAGUACAUGAAAGAGAACCUUUAUCAACUAAUGAAAGACAGGGACAAACUUUUCCCUGAGUCGGUGAUCAGGAAUAUAGUAUACCAGGUGCUUCAAGGAUUGGCGUUCAUGCAUAAACAUGGCUUUUUUCACCGCGACAUGAAACCUGAAAAUUUAUUAUGCAUGGGACCGGAACUGGUGAAGAUUGCCGAUUUCGGCUUGGCCAGAGAAAUACGGUCAAGGCCGCCUUACACGGAUUACGUGUCCACCAGAUGGUACAGAGCACCAGAAGUAUUGCUUCAUUCAACGACUUACAACAGUCCGAUCGACAUUUGGGCGGUGGGUUGUAUCAUGGCCGAACUGUACACAUUUCGGCCACUUUUUCCCGGCAAAAGCGAAAUCGACGAAAUCUUUAAAAUAUGUUCCGUGAUCGGGUCACCAGAGAAAGAUGAUUGGCCAGAGGGAUAUCAAUUAGCUGCCGCCAUGAAUUUCAAAUUUCCAAAUUUCUCUCGUACAUCGUUGAGCGUUUUAAUACCAAAUGCCAGCCAAGAAGCAGUAAUACUUAUGGAAGAUAUGUUACAGUGGAAUCCUAUCAAAAGACCUACGGCACAACAAUCUCUAAGGUAUCCUUAUUUUCAAACGAACAUGCCCCGCAUAAUUAAUAGUACAAAAAUUGGUGUUGCAUCUCAACGGGAUCUCAUUUUGAACAAAGUGAAUCUUCCACCUCCUAUAUCUAACAAUAAGUCAUAUAAUUAUUCCCAAGAGGCAAUCAGGACUCCAAUGGGAUCCAGAGCGCAAGAGAAAAUGGUGCAGCCCCAGCAACAGCAAACGAUGCUCCCCCUGUUGAACCAUAACAGUUACAUGCGCGAUAGCAAUGCACAAAAGUUGGACGAGGACGAUUUUGCCGAGCUCUUGGGUAGCAAAAUCGUACCCGAGAACGUGAACGCAAAGCUAGUCCCAGAACGAGUGUACAAAGAGAACCGUGCCAAUUGGAAUGCCAAUUAUUUACCAGAGAAUCCGCGACAGGCUAGCAAUUGGGUUCUGCCAGCAUGGAACGAGCCAGCUAUCAAUUGGAGCCAAUUGCAGCCGUCAAAUGUGAAGAACGGCAGGAAAGCAUCGGGGAAACAACAUUACUUCAGCGUGGCUCGAUACGUCGCCGGUCAAAGCGCGAGCUUAUCGUCCAGAAACGGUGACCCCGACACAAACAGGCCUAGAUUAGUGCGGAACCUGGUUGGUCAACCGAUGGAGAAGUAUGAGGAAUUCACCGAUUCUUUCUGGUUACCUAGGAAUUCCGUGGAGAAUCAGACGAGACAAUAUUAUAUUCCACGAAAUCGAUAUCUCACCGAUCAGACUUUGAGAUUACCUUAUCCCAGCGUUUAUGGUACACAGAACAUCAAAAAUACGAACAAGGGAACAAUUCAACCAAAGGCCUAUGGAACUGUAUUGAAUACGAAAGGCAGCGGAGGCCUCCAUGGUCGAACCGACUGGGCUGCUAAGUAUCUCAAAUGACUGUUUGAAAGUUACAUUAGCGUACUUAGCGUAUUCAAUUUAUUUAACUGUGAUAGAAUGGCGUUUACCAUUUCAUUCCAUUGUGAAGGAGAUCCAGAUGAAUGUUUCAAGAGGCAAAAGUUUAACAGCCUCUAGGAACAUAAAAUAUCUUAUUUUGUUAAUUGAUUAUUUUCUGAGCCGCUCAGGUGAUUAUACUCUUUAAGCAACUUGAUUUAAUAUUUAACGAACCGGCCUUAACUUAUUGAAAUAGGUAGGAAGGAUCUGAAAAGGAAAAGGCGUGCGUUACAUAAAUUUGUUAAUAAGUAUGCAUUAUUAUCAAUAAGUAUUUUGAUAAUACUUACAUAUAGAAUUCAGCACGUUAACUUUUGUAAAGAAGAAAGGAAAGUAUUAGAGGAGACAGUAUCGAUUAAUGAUUGUGGUUUUAAGAGUGUAAUGUUUUGAAUCGUAAAGAGUAUUUAUACUUGGAUAAGAUAUAUUAAAGAAUAUAAUUAUAUAUAUAAUUAUAUAUAUAUGUAUAUGUAUAUACAUAUUUAUUAUUUGUACAUGUUAUUAAUUACGAUGUGAAGUAACUUCUGAUAUCUAGAAGACUAAUGUAAAAAUUGAUCACAUCUGCCCUUCUCUGUAUAAUCAAUAGCACUCUUUUAACGAGUACAUAUUAAAGGCUGUACAGAAUAUUACUCCAUGUACUGCAUCUGACGUACGGAUAGUUACAUCAUAAUGAAAAAUAUGAUUAUCAAACAAAAGGACUCUCCCUAUUCUCUACACGCAAUCUUUUUAAGCAUUCUUAUACUGUUCACUCAUUAUCAGACCUCACUCAUUUCAUAACUCUAUUACGAUUUUUUUUUUCUCUAGUUAUCCUUGUAUAAAUUUUCCUAAUUACGUUCGACCAUUCGAGUAUCUUUUUUGUUUCACGUGCUCUUCUUUCCUCUUUCGUUUUCUUUCCUCUGACAUAGUUCAUUUUUUUAACAGAUACAUCAUGGAACUUAUUGCAAGUUUAAUAUACUAAUGAAAGGCAAUAAAAAAUAUACCGCAGUCGCUUAACGAACCACUAAAAUAUCUUUUCUCGUCUACGAUGCGAUUAUAAAAUUGGAAUUCAUCUCAUAAAAAAAUAUCUCGAAAAAGGAACGUGCCGUUUUUUUCAUUUUUCUGCUUCUCCUUCUUCUUCUUCUUCUUUUUUGUUUCUGAACAUCUUUCAAUACUCCUCUUAAAUUUUCCUAUUUGAAGAACUUCUCAAAAAUCCUGCUCGGCAAUUCGAUAUGUUGAAAGUAAAGAUACACCUAAUGAAUUAUUGAUUCUUGAAUCUUAAAGACCUUACUUCGUAUUGUGAGUUCAAAAAGGGUAUCGGUGUUUUGUGCAUCCUAGUGACAUCAGACAAAACAAACCAUCCUACGAGAGAAAUUGAAUGACAGAAUCGAUGAUAUAACGAAUCGGAGAUUGAUAUAAUUAAUUUGCAUUAUUUUGAACUUGCAUGUGUAUGUGUGUGUAUAUGUGUAUGUAUAAUGUACGUAUAAGUAAUUCUCGCGUAUACAUGUGUAUGUUUCACGUGUAAUCCCCGGUACGUGUAUAUGCUUCGUCUAAAGGAUCUCUAGAUUAUACAUUUGAAUAUAUGAAAUACAUCUGUAAGCUGUUUGGAUGGGUGGUACAUUUGGUAAAUAUUACGCAUAUACAUUUAUCCAUUAAUCUUUUAUACGUUGAAGUGUAAUCCAUCAUCGGAACGUUUCGUAAAAAUGCUUCCGAGCUUUGAAUCGCCGGUUAAGUUCAUUUAAUUCACGAGCUUGGAUGAGCUUCAUUGUGUGAUUGAAUUUCAAAA